AUGAGAGCCCUGAGCGACUUCAUACGUUCGGACAUUGCUCUUACGAUAUCCAUAUUGCUACUGGGAGAUGAGGCAGUAGGGAAGACAACGUUCCUAUCACGAAUCAGCCAGGGGCACAACAACCUCGUAGGCACCAGGCCGAUAAAUCUGCUCAAGGACAUAGAUCAACCUUAUGUGUUUGAGACCUCAUUUGGGAGGCAGCAGUAUCGAUUAGAGUUCUACGAUACGUCGAGUCCCGAGAAUUGGCGGCUUCUCCGGCCAGAUCUCGUCCUCAUCUGCUACGAUAUAAGCCAGCGCCUGAGUCUCAUCAACCUCCAGCGAGUCUGGAUCAAAGAAGUCCGCUCGACGUUCCUGUCUGAAAGCACGCUGCCCCUGGCCGUGCUCGGCCUGAAGCGGGACCUGAGGUCCGAAGAUGAUCCCAACGGCAUAAUCUAUCCGCAGGAGGCAUAUCGAAUUGCCGCAGAAAUCAGGGCCGACAAGUACAUGGAAUGCUCUGCGGUGACGGGAGAGCUUCUCCAGCUGGCCUUUGAGGAGAUCUGCCAGAUGGCUGUCAAGACGACGAGCCGUGAGGGUGGCCAGAGCGACGGGGGUUGUCGUUUGAUGUGA